UUAAGCCCCAUAGAUUGAUUCCAUCUGCUCGCUAAAUCCGUGCCGACCCACAAAGCGGAAUCUCCAUCCAGGUGCAGUAACAGUGACAGAGACACAUAAAGACAGUGUGGUUUCGGAGACUGAAGAGUUAGAUUGAUUGCUGGUUGAGAAGGAGGAGGAGCAGCACGAUUUGGAGUUCACCAUGCAACUCCUUCAUGGCAGAGUCUCGCAGGUUGCCAUGCCCAGCCUGCUGAACGCCGUCGUCACAGCCCCUGCAAUGCGCCCGAGAGCUCCACUGACUGUGCGAGGUGCAGUAAGUGCUGAAGUAUCUACGGUCCAAGAGGGUAAGCGAGCUGUUAAAUUUCGACCGUGUAUCGACAUUCACAAGGGUAAAGUGAAGCAAAUUGUAGGAUCCACAUUGCGGGACCUGCCAGACGAUGGUAAUUCAGACAAUGCUGCUGCUUUGAUCACAAACUUUGAGUCACAAUUAUCCGCAGGAGCUUUUGCUGAAAUGUAUAAGAAUGACGGCUUACUAGGCGGCCACGUUAUUAUGCUUGGUGCCGACCCAGCCAGCCAUGCCGCAGCUUUAGAAGCCCUGAAAGCUUAUCCUGGAGGUUUGCAAAUGGGUGGUGGUGUUAAUCUUGAUAAUGCGAGGGGAUAUUUGGAUGCUGGAGCAAGUCAUGUCAUUGUCACGUCCUUUGUUUUCAGAGACGGUCAAAUGGACGACGAGAGGCUGAAGCAGUUAGUAAAGUUGACAGGGAAAAACAGAUUGGUGUUAGAUCUGAGCUGUCGAAAGAAGGAUGGUCAAUAUAUGGUUGUAACAGACCGCUGGCAGCGUUUUAGCGACCUCGUUGUAAACGAGGCCACGUUAGUUAUGCUGUCUGCUUUUGCAGACGAAUUCUUAGUGCAUGGCGUUGACGUGGAAGGGAAAAGGCUUGGGAUUGAUGAUGAACUUGUAAAGAUACUUGGAAAAUAUUCACCGAUUCCAUGCACAUAUGCAGGAGGGGUGAACACAUUAGCGGAUCUUGAGCGUAUCAAAGCCGCAGGUAAUGGGGUUGUGGACGUCACAGUGGGAAGCGCACUCGACGUAUUCGGUGGCGAUCUUCCAUACAAAGAAGUUGUCGCAUGGCAUAACAGACAACUAGCCUCUUGUGAUGCCUCCAGGGAAGGAUCAUAAGUAGAGGUAUUCUAGGAAACCUUUGAAGCGGCGAAGGCGACAACUUUGAUGUAAAGAUAAGGCCGUAGAGGAAGCAGUAUCUCGUCCUUCUCUGAAGCAUCAUACACUGGUGCUGAACCCACUGGUGUACAUUUUUUGACGAUUGCACUUGUGGCGGUUAGGAUAAGAUUGAAUCGACUUUCACCAAAAAGGGACAGAAUUAUCUUUGGUUACAGUACGGUUCGACACAAAGGUUUGGUGUCGUUCACUCUUCUUUUAUUCAAAAUAUUUCAUUACCCCCAGUAAAAUAUCCACAAAGCAUUGUGAACGAAGCAGAGGAGCAAAUACUUCUCUAGUUAUGCUCAGUUGGCCGAAGUUUUUAAUGAACGGUGCUCGUUUCCAACUC